UCAAGCGCCUUCUCACUUGCGCCUGUCGUCAUUGUUUCGCGCCCAAGCUUAGGACGUAAACAGUCAAUCUUUUUCUUCUAUAAUAUUUAUGAUGUUACGACUAUAUUGAAUCUGCAAUGUCAGUUUCUAACCACCCAAAGGCCUACACAUCGGCCGCGCUCGUUGUCGCCUUCACUGCCGGCAUCUGUCUCACAUUGGGCUUCAAAGACCUAUAUCCCGACCUUCAAAGACGUUUCGAGCAACGAAAGCGCUCAAAGAAUGCCGCCCUCUACGGACAUCGCGAAUCCUCCUUCCUGCCACCUGUCGAGCUCGAAGACCACACAAAACCCCAAACCCCAGGGCCCGACAGCCCCACGCCACCCACAAUCCAAAUUGGCGUCGAAGGUCUAAUCGGGCAAACCAAGCUCGUGAGGAUCAAGUCUCUAUCCGAAGCAACAGGCUGUGAAAUUGUCGCCAAAGCAGAGCUGCUGAAUGGCGCCGGAAACAGCCCGAAAGAUAGGGUGGCCCUACAUAUGAUCGAGGUCGCCGAGAAGGAGGGGCUAUUGACGCCAUACAACGGGGAUACUAUAUACGAAGGCACAGUCGGUUCCACUGGCAUAUCUCUUGCGGUCCUGGCAAGGGCUAAAGGCUAUAAAUGCCACAUCUGCAUGCCGUCAGACAUGUCAAUGGAGAAAGUCGAGCUGUUGCACCACCUCGGCGCAACAGUCGAGCGCGUCUCCCCCGCACCUAUCACGAGCCAAGACCACUUCGUGAAUCUAGCUCGGCGCCGGGCCGAAGAGCAUGCAGAUAAAUGGAUGGAUGGGAGCAAGGGUUUCUUUGCCAACCAAUUCGAGAGUAAGGCGAAUUGGACGGCCCAUUUCGAGACUACCGGCCCAGAAGUGUUUGAGCAGACACAAGGAGAUAUUGCGGCAUUUGUCUCUGGUGCAGGGACGGGAGGGACGAUCAGCGGUGUUGCAUGCUAUUUGAAGCAGGAGGUUGGAUUGAAGGAUGUUUCAAUCGUGCUCGCUGAUCCCCAGGGAAGUGGAUUGUAUAACAAAGUCAAGUUCGGCGUGAUGUACUCCAGCCAUGAGCGAGAGGGUACUAGAAGGCGCCAGCAAGUCGAUACGAUGGUUGAGGGCAUCGGAAUUAAUCGUCUUACGAACAAUUUUGAGAAGGGCAUGGAGUUGAUCGAUGACGCCAUCAAAGUGACGGAUACACAAGCCAUGAGAAUGGCCAGAUGGCUGGUGGAGAAGGAUGGAAUCUUCAUUGGAAGCAGCAGUGCUGUCAACUGCGUGGCAGCAGUGUCUACUGCGCUGAGAUUAAAGAAAGAGGGCAAGGGAGGAAGGGUAGUCACAGUACUCUGUGACAGCGGGAAUAGACACCUCAGCAAAUUCUGGAAAGAGAUUGCGAGUCAAGGUCUGGAAGAGGAGCAUGGAAACCUGGGACUUCUUGAACUUCUUGAGCUCGAAUCAUGAAGGAAUCACAGAGUUCAGGGCCGUGAGAAUUGGUAAGUAUAUAAUUCUGGAUGUGGCUCUACUGUGUAGGCCACCUCUAUGGUAUGCAUCCGUAUUGCAAACCUUCGCCAGUCAGCCACAUCCAUGACCUGGCAUGCCACAGACUCCAGGGGGGGCGGGUGAAAACCUGAACUCCUUGCGCCAGAAUGCCCUUUGUGUUUAUAUCAAAAUACAGCUGGGUGGCUAAAUAGCCAAGAUAUCUUGCCUGCCACGGACAUGUGAAUUAACGUGAUUACUGUCCACGCGGCGGGUCAAAGGAGACGCGGUGUCAAAGAGGGACUACAGCGCAUUUGAAGGGCAUAGAUAGAACGAGCUCAUGAGAACUAGAAUGUAAGGUCAGCUUCAAAUAGUUCAUAAUUAACUGCGUGCACA